AUGAUGCCCUUACCGCCUCGUACGCCAUUAAGGCAACCAAAAGAUAAUGCAAUUCAUGUCUCAAACCUUCCAAUUAGUGCUACAGUUGAGUUUAUCCGAACUUUGUUCUCGGAAUGCGGUACAGUCAUUAACGUUUUCCUCAAAAACAAGCCAACCGGCUCUUAUUGCUUUGUUGAGUUUGCCGACAAAGAGGAGGCUGAGAAAGCAGUAAGAGAUUUCAACUAUACAAAACUUAAUGGUGAAUCAAUUGUUAUUACAUUAACAAAUCAUGGCAUUAUGCAGAGAAUUGUUUCCGGUGAAGGUAACCUCUUCGUAAGAGGUAUCGAUGAGUCUAUUGAAGCCCCUCAACUUCACGAAUUAUUUUCCCAUUUCGGAGAAGUAAUUUCAUGUAAGAUCCCAGUUUUGAAUGGAAAGCCACGUGGUUAUGCAUAUGUGCAAUUUGCAAACCCAGCAGACGGUGAUCGCGCUAUGAAAGAGCUUGCAGAUUCAACUAUUAAUGGAAAGGCAAUUACUAUAGAGAAAUUUAUUAAUCGUGGAAUGCGUCAGCCAAAUAAAGCAACAGAACAAAAUAUCGCUACAGAUCCAACUUUCACAAAUAUCUUCAUCAAAAAUCUUCCAGAAUCAAUUAAUACUCUCCUCGAUCUCUUGAGAUUAUUCCAAGAAUACGGACAAGUUGUUUCUGCUAGAAUUGUCCCAGAAAAGCGUUCCGGAUUUGCAAAAAUGAUCGACCACGAAUCAGCUGUUCGCGCUGUUCUAGGCUUGAAUGGGCGUGUGAUUUACGGACAUACUAUCUCAUGCUGCCGUUCCCUUUCACUCUCCGAAAGAGCCGCAUUUAUGAACAGAAAUAACGAAGAAGAGCAAGCAGUUGAAGAACCAAAUAAUAUGGAGCAGCCAGAAGAUAGCAAUAGUAUGCCUGAGGAAUAA